CUGGGGUUGCGGUUGGGGGUGGGAGCAGAGGGCCUGGGGGCCUUACCCCAGUGGUCCAGCAGAGAGCAUAGCGCCAGGCCCUAGGAGGGACCGAGGACCAGGUGACCGUAGCGACCGGUCAUCACGGAAAUCCUGGACCGGCGCUGCUGGACAGACAGACGGAUUGGCAGGACAGGGGGCUUUCCUCUCCGGGGGCCGAUCCCAUCCUGAUCCAUAGGCACCAGCCCCGGGGCGCUGUCCUCCUGCAGCGUUCAACUCGGCCGUUCCCCACCUGCUCCACCCCAGAGCUGGCCGCAUCGCGGCCCUCCCAGCUGCCCCAGGGGCCUUUCCCCUCCCAGGGGACCCCAAUCUGCGUCCCUCUGUAUUGACCCCUGGGACUUGGUGCCUAUAAAACCCACGUGACCCCAUGGACCGCGUGCCAUGCUGGGUACGUACAGCCCCGGACACAUCCCUGCCUUUGCCCUUGCCCCUGCCCCCCCGCCACCUGAAGCGGGGGUGAGAGAACGGAAGGAAGCUGCCCUGCUCCCCCCCCCGGCUCCCACGCAGGAACGAGCAGCGUGCAAAACCCGCUCCACCACUUCCCCGUGUGGUUCCUGGUACCGGGGCGGCCGCCUCCUGCAGCGCUCCGGGCGGCUCGGAGCCCGAGCGCGCCAUGGCCGUGCCGCUCGCCCUCUGCCUGCUCUUGCUGGGGGGGGCCCAGAGAGGUCCGGCCCCCACCCUUGGGUACAACCUCGACACGGCCCACCCAGUUGUCCUGGCUCCUGAUGUCGGCCCCAGCUUUGGGCACCAGGUCCUGCACUUUGGGAAUGACAGGCUGGUGGUGGGGGCCCCUGGGGACUACAACACCACGGGGCACCUGUACCAAUGCUCUGUCCCCACCAACUCCUGCGAGCCCCUCCUGGUGCCCGGUGAGCUCGAGACUCCCCACCUAGGCAUGUCCCUGGCCAGCGACGGCACACGGCUGAUGGCCUGCAGCCCCGGCUUGACCCAGGUGUGCGACCGGAACCUGUACCUGAGCGGGCUCUGCUACCUCUUCAACGGCAGCAGCCUCAAGGAUCCCCAGGAGAUCACGCCCGGAUACCAGCAGUGCCUGAAGGGCAAGGUGGACCUGGUCUUCCUGUUUGACGGCUCCAACAGCAUGAACGAGCGGCAGUUCAGUCUCAUCCGCAGUUUCAUGGUGGAGGUGAUGGAGAAACUGAAGAACAGCACCAUCCACUUCGCCGCGGUGCAGUUCUCCUCGGAGGUGAAGACAGAGUUUGACUUCACACAGUACAUGCAAAACCCCAAUCCCCGGGAACUGCUGAAGAACGUGAUGCACAUGAGGUGGCUGACAGACACCUUCAAAGCCAUCAAAUACGUGGCGGAUCACCUCUUCACCCCUGAGCACGGAGCACGAGAAGACGCGAAGCGCGUCAUGAUCAUUAUCACCGACGGGGAGGCUUCAGAUAAUGGAGAUGUCAUCGCUGCUGAGAAGAAAAAGAUCACGCGCUACAUCAUUGGGGUGGGCAAUAACUUUGGGAACAUCAACGUCACCCAGUUCCUGACAAAGUUCGCCUCCCAGCCCAGCAGCGAGUAUGUCAAGGUCCUGGACAGUUUUGAGAAACUCAGCGGGCUCUUCAAGGAGAUCCAGACCAAGAUCUACACCAUUGAAGGGACCAGCGAUAAAACCUCCUUCCACCUGGAGCUCUCGUCCAGCGGGUUCAGCUCCCACUUGUCCCAGGGGCAGACCCUGGUGGGGGCCGUGGGAGCUGAUGACUGGGCUGGGGGCUUCUUCGACCUGGAGGGUGACCCCGGCACCCCCAGCACCAAAGAAACCUUCGUAGCCAGUCCCAUGCAUAGCGAGGACAGCAAGGACGCUGCCUACCUGGGCUAUGCGAUGGCCAUGCUGCGGGGCGGGGGGCGGACGGUACUGGCUGCUGGGGCCCCCCGGCAUGGCCAUGUGGGACGGGUGACCCUCUUCCAGCUCAACCCCCAUGCCCGGCGUUGGAACCCGAUACAGGACAUCUCGGGGAAGCAGAUUGGGUCAUACUUCGGGGGGGCAUUGGCAGCCGUGACCGGGCAGGAAGCCGAGGAGUUGCUGCUGGUCGGAGCCCCGAUGUACAUGGGGCGGCGCCAUGGCGGGCGCGUCACCAUCUACCGCUGGGCCCAGGAACAGCUGAAGGAGGCAGGGCAGCUGGAGGGGGUGGUGGGACAGCUGCUGGGCCGGUUCGGGGCAGCGCUGGGGGCCGUGGGAGACCUGAACGGGGAUGGAUGGACAGACGUGGCCGUGGGGGCCCCACUGGAGGAUGAGGGGAGUGGUGCCGUGUACAUCUUCCACGGGGGCCAGCAUGGCCUGCACACCCCGCACAGCCAGCGCGUGAGAGCCGCAGACAUGGACCCGGGGCUGCAGUUCCUGGGGCAGGCGCUGGACGGUGGCACUGACCUGGAUGGGGACAAGCUCCCAGACAUCGCCGUGGGCGCCAGAGGACAGGUCCUCGUGCUCAGGUCCCGGCCCAUCGUGCGGGUCUUGCCAGUGAUGAGGUUCCAGAUGCCUGAGAUCCCUGUGCGCCAGGUCGAGUGCUCAGGAGAUGGCGGUGCCUGGAAGGACGUCGUCUUUGGCGUCUAUGUCUGCUUGAAUGUCACCCUCGACACACCCCAGUACCAAGACCCCAUCACAGCCAACCUGCGGUACCAGCUGGAGAUCGAUGCCGACCGCAUGAAGAGCCGCGGGGUCUUUGCCAACGGGAUGAAGAUCACAGAGGGGAACAUCACCGUCACCAGUGACACCAGCUGCACUGAGCAGGAAGUCCGCAUCGUGAACUGCGUGGACGACAUCAUCACGGGCAUCCGGGUCUCUCUGCGCUUCUUGCUGCAGGAGGAUGAGGGUGGCCUGGAUCUCUACCCUGUCCUCAACCCCCUCAUCGACUCCUCCUGGGCUGAGAUCCCCUUCGAGAAGAACUGCGGAGAGGACCACAUCUGUGAGGCUGAUUUGCACGUCAGGUUCAGCUCCGAUGGGCCACGUGACCUGUUGCUGUCACCCGUGGCCGAGCUGCGCCUGGCCCUGGACAUGUGGAACCAUGGGGAGGACGCGUACCAGGCUGUCCUGCACCUUCGCCACCCCCCAGGGCUCUCCUUCCGCCGCGCCACCGCCACCCAGGCUGGAUCCCAGAUCCGGGUGAGCUGUGACGGGGUGAAUACCCGUGACGUCCCGGACCUCAGGACUCUUCAGUGCAAUGUCAGCCACCCCAUCUUCUGGGGGUCCAGCCAGGUCCUAGUGGAGCUACUCUUUGAUGCUGCCCGCAACAGCUCCUGGGAGGAGUGGCUGAAAAUAGAGGCUACGGUCAGCAGCAACAACGACAAGAACGAGACCCUCCACUCCAGAGUGGCCACACUGCUGAUCCCCAUCCUGUACCCCAUCAACAUCAUCGCCAAGGGGCUGGACUCUUCCACCCCCUACGUGAAUUUUAUCAGCGAGGAACGUGGGGACCAACGUGGGGACCGGAGAGUGGAGCACGUGUACCAGGUGGAGAACCUGCUCCGGGAGGCCUGGCCCCAGCCAGAGAUGAUGGCCUUCGUGGUGCUGCCUCGGAGUCUUCCUGCCAACCUGGCCUGGAAGACCUACAGCGUCAGGAGGGACAGCAACGAAUCCUGCGAGCUGAAGCCGGAGAACAUGCCCUUCUUGUACAACAUCAGCCAGGACUGCCAUGUCUACGUCUGCCACCUAGGGCUGAUCCACUCUUCUGUCCACAUCUAUGUCUCCGGGGUCCUGGAGGCUCCACUGGUGAUCAAGAACUCAUCCCGCUCCCACAUCCACACGAUGCUGUUCUUGGACUUCAACCACAGCUGCUUCCGCCAGUGGAACAACGAGUUCACCCACACCAAGGUGCAGACGGAGGUAGAGCAGGUGUAUGUGAUGGAUUACCUGCCCGUGUACGUCGGCAGCAGCGUUGGGGGGCUUGUGCUGCUCAUCCUCAUCAUCAUCGUGCUGUAUAAGUGCGGCUUCUUCAAGCGCAGCUACAAGGACAGGAUGGAGGAGCAGGAGCCGGGUGCCAAGGACGGGCAUGGGCUUGGAGAUGGGGAUGAGGCCAAUGGGGGGAAGGAGCCCCUGGAGGAGGGAGACUUCACUACAGAAUGAUGGCACCAGCCCCAGCCCCUGGCCUGCCCCCGUCCCAUGCCCCAGGCUGCCCCCACCCCCUACCCCAGCGCAGAGAGAUGCCCAGGGAAGACUCCAGCCCUGCCAGGAGCCGCCAGUUCGAAUCCCUCUCCUGGUCCCAGGAGACUUGAGCCCUGGACCCUCAGGCUGGGCCAGGGAUGGGGCCCUUUGGGAGAGGUGCGGGGGCAGCGCUCCCCACUUCAUGCUCCCCACUCUUUAUUCAUCCCAGCAGCACCCGGUGCGCACACAGAGGGGCCGGGUGUCUGGGACACGGCACGCACACGGAGCACCCAGGUGUCUGGCACACACGUGGUGCCCAGGGCGCCAGGAGGCUCGGGCCCCCGCUAAGAACAGGGAACCCCCCAGCAGGGGGCAGCACUGCACAUACAGAUGUGAGCGCAGGCGUGCACAUGCACAAAGAACCCAGGUGUCCUGUGCCUAGCAUUCGGGACAUGGACACACGCACAUGCAGACACCCAAGCAUCUGAAACAUACACUCACAGAGCUCAGGUGUGCUGGGCGCGCACGUGCGCGCACACACACACACACAGAACCCGUGUUUUCCGAACCCCCGCACCCCCGCCGGGCAUUUGGGUCACGCACAAAACCCAAGCAUCUGGGACACACGUGCACCCUCCCUUCCUCCCGCACCCAGAUAUCUAAGACAUGCACUCGAAUGCAUGCACGCACCGACACACAAAACUUGGGUGUCCAGACACGCACACAUGGGUGCACAUAUGCAGAACCUAGCCCCCUGGGACACCCACAGAAGCACUGAACCCACAUGAAGCACCCCCCACCCCCAACCCAAGCUCUCGCCCUGCAAAGACUUUUGCUUUCUUCCCUGCACGCCCAGGCCCCUCCCUGUGCCCCCCGCACCUGGGGUGUUCCUAAGACAUUUCCCCCCUAGACCCAUGCUCCCUGCCCAGGGCAAGAGCCAGAGAUUGUGGCUGGGGUGGGGAAGGUUUAUUCUCAGGGUUGGAGCCACCCAGGUGCUGGGGGCUGUACAGAGCUCAAGCUCCAAAAGCGCAGCUUCAGUGUGGAUAUGAGUGGCCCCCACCAUGUGUGGGUGGUGCUGUGUGCCCGCCCCAGCAUGCAGGGCCCAGGCCAGAGGAUUAAACCAGCUGUAAUGCUUGGA